GCUACCCCUUGCAUAUGCAAUAGUUGAAGUCAAGAAUAAAGACAAUUGAACGUGGUUUUUGUAGUUAUUGGUUAAAGACCUUGGGGGAUAAUGAAGUGUGUGGGGGCGUGCACGUGGAUGUCUGACAAACAAAAGAUACAUGUACUACUUACAUUAUUUUAUACUUCAUGCUUUGUAAAUGAUGUAUGUUUGAUUACUAAAUUGAUGUGGACAGGAGUUGGUGCCAACUAUCCAAGAGCUUUUGCUUAGGGCAGAAGAAAGAUUUUGCAUUAGGCACCUUUAUGCAAACUUUAGGAAAAGAUUUUUUGGUCAGAUAUUGAAGAAUCUGAUGUGGAGGACUGCCAUAAGCACGUACUUGUAGGCUUGGGAGAGAGAAUGUUGAAUAUGAGAGCAAACAAUGAAGAAGCAUACAAAUACCUCAUAGCCAUUCCCCGAGAUAACAACAUCAGUGAAGGUUUCAACAAUUUUAUUGUUCAUGCCAGAGCAAAACCCUUUAUCACCAUUUUGGAAGAUAUCAGACUGUAUUUGAUGAAACGAUGUGCCACGAACAGAACGAUGGUGGCAUCUAUGGAUUUCAUUGUCUGUCCAAAGAUCAAAAAGAGACUUAUGAAGGAAUAUAAUUUAUCAAGAUAUUGGAUCCCAAGUUGGUCUACAAGAAGGAUGUUUGAGGUUAGGCAUGUUUCAGUCAUUGGGAACAAGUUCACAAUGGACCUGAACAGUGAACAAUGUAGCUGCAGGAAGUGGAUGAUCACUGGCAUCCCAUGUUGUCAUGCAACUGGAGCAAUGAACUAUUCAAAUGUAGACCCAUAAAAUUUUAUACCAACUUGGUUCGAAAAAUGCACAUAUGAAGAGGCAUAUGCGUCCAUCAUUUAUCCUGUCAAUGACACUUCCUAUGGGAAAGAACAAGCUUCACUGGUCUAUUGUCACCACUUAAGAGGAAGUUGCUUGGGAGGCCAAAGGAAAACAUAAGGUUGGAGCCAUGGGAGCUAACUAAGGAUAGGACCAAAAUGAGUGUUGGUGGGCACAAAAAGAAAUGUAGCAUUCAUUUUCUAUGAAGUGGGGCACAACAAAAAACAUCGUCAUUUAUGUCCAUACAUCAUAGAACCAAGACAACCAACAAAACCAUCUCAACAACAAAAUACCUAACCAAUCAUAGAACCAACACAACCAUCACAGCCACAAAGUACACAAUCCCUUGUACCAUCACAACCACCAAGUCCCCAAUCACCUCACCCAACACAACCAAGUCAAGAAUCCACAUAGAUUUAACUCCACCAAUAACAAGGAAAAAGUUAGAUGUUAGAAGAAAAACUCCAUAGAUGUCAAUUUAUUGACUUUCAUUCACAAAAUUUGGAUGUAUUUUAUACUCAUAUUAAACACUUUAAUUAUGUAUUUUGUAG